AUGAUGUUUGCAUAUAUGAGAGUAGAGGAAGACCUGGUCGGAAUCCUCUCAGGAAUUGUGAACAGGGUAUGUCAAAAUGUCCUUAACUAUUACUACUGUUAUUGUAUCCAAUAUGAUUUAUUAACUUUAUGCUGUGAAGACGAAGAUGAUGACGCUGAUCGAGGAAUGGAAAAAAUAUUGGAUGCAACCUCUUUCCUGAGCUUAUCAGACCCUCUUUGUAAUUUUUGCCAUUUCACAUUCCACACUUCUGAUGAUCUUGAUAAUGCCGCGACAUUUGAGCAUGUCAACGAUCCAAACGUAACCACUACCGAUGUUACGAUUGACUCGGUUACUGGUUGUGAUGACACCACGACCAGUCUUACGAUCGAUUUGAUCGACUAUCCUGUUAUUGAACCUGAAAGCACAACUAAUAACGAUCUCGGUCGAGAACUUUUCCCUGGCGGAUGGGAAGAAUUUGAAAACUAUUAUAAUAAUAUGUCCCUGUAUGGUAACAACUGGAAAUAA